UGUGAUCGUACGUGCCUUUUCUUUCUCCUUCCCACCAUGCCGCUCUAUGAAAUGGUCUGCAUUGCUGCCCAUAACCAGGAAUAUGCCCGCAUAAAAGCUCUCGUCUCCCUGACCGCCAGCCACAUCAUGAAUGCUGGCGGCGUUGUCCGUAAAAUAGAGUCCUGGGGCACCCACGUUUUACCUCAUCGCAUGCACCGCCACAGCGUCACUCAUAAACUCGGAGACUACUGGUCCCUUCAUUUUGACACCUCGCCCCGUACCCUACGUUCUCUUAAUCGCGUCCUCCGUCAGGACCCCCUUGUCGUUCGCUGGACCAUCCUCAGGCAGGGCCAGAAAAUCGAAGACGUCGCCGCAAAAGGCCGUAGUCUCAUCCAUCCAGGCGAUCAGUUCCUGUAGCCGAACCUUCCCCGAACCCGUGGAGGUCGGCCGCGUACAUUUUACGUUUAUACUCUAUGUUUACGACGAUCUAUCCAUGGCAGUACUUGAUUCACUUGCUCCCCUCGAACCAACAAACUUUCCAUCCCAGCUUCACGCCCGCCGUAGUAGUCACUGUAUUCUGCUGUCAGAGACCCCUCUCUUACCGUACAUUUGUCAUCUCACCAUUCCAGCUCGUCUCCAAUGUGAAGGCAUUCACCCAGCUCUAUUGGCGGAUCCGUAUUUUGAUUAACUGCCUCCAAUGUCCGGAUAAAUAUCGCCUUGGACGGCUUCUCAACACCCUCUUCUUCGCUCAGAAUAAUCGGAUCCAGAUAUUUGGGAAACCCGAGGUCAUGGAGC